AUGACUGAAAUUUUGAGCGAUAUUGGUGGAAAUAUGGGGCUUUUUCUUGGAAUGUCUUUAGUUUCUGUAAUUGAACUAGCAACUUUUCUUUGGAAAAUAACUUGGAUUUUUAUUUCAAAAAAGAGGAGAGAACAUAUGGUGAAAAUUUAACUUUUUUUUGCUUCUAGAUUUUUGCUUCAGCUUUUUUGCUUCAAUUUGUUGCUUCUGCUUCAGUUUGCUAUUUGCUUCACUUUCAGUUCUUUGUUUCAGUUUUCAUUCUUUGCUUCACUUUUUUUAUUUCUGCUUCUAUUUUUUAUUUUGCUUCGCUUUCAUUUUUUGCUUCAACUUCUUGCUUCUAUUUCAGUUUUCUAUUUGCUUCACCUUCAGUUUUUUGUUUCAGCUUUUUUAUUUCUGCUUCUAUUUUUUAUUUUGCUUCACUUUACUCUUCUGCUUCAUCUUCACCUUAUUUUUGCUUCUGUUUCAUUUUCCCUCGCUUUACCUUGCUUCCAUCUCAUUCUUUGCUUCAGUUUCUUAUGCUUCUUAAAUCUUUUUAGCUUCAUUUUUUUAUUAUAUACUUUUUCUUUUUUUUCAGAUAGCA